UUGUCAGUGCUUCAGCCUACCACAGAAUAUUCAAAUGUUAACAUAUUAUACAAGUAUAAUAAUACAUUAUCCAAAUACUGUACAGAACAACUCAAAUAUUGUAAGGCCAGAUCAAUAUUAUAGAAUCAGGGAUAAAACUCUAGAGGCUGAAAUAGGUUUGUUCACAAGAUGAAGUUAAAGACAGUUGUGUUCUUUUUAGGACUGGAACUAGGUGUGAUGACCCUACUAUUUCUCAUAUACCAUCAGAUAACUCCAUGUAUGAGCAAAAAGGAUGAUCGGGCAAACAGUGUUCUUGACAAUACACUGAAGAAGAAAACUUGGAAACAAAGUCAAACAGAUAUUGAUAAAUUUAAACUUUUUCAGAAUGACAAAAAUGAAGCACCAAAUGAAAGCUCUAACUCUAGAAUGAUAUAUGAUAACAUUAUAGAGCAGGGGAAAGGCAAUACCACUGAACAUAAGUUUGAACAAACAUACAAGCAACAACAACACAGUGGAAAUAAACAAGGAUAUAUGUCCAUGAAGGAACACUACAUUCACAAUUUCAGCCUGCAUGGCAUUCAUUUGGCAAAAAUGAGUACCAUUAACUUUACAGUAUCAACAGCAUUUUUGCAUUCAUUUUCGAUGGAGCUUUCAUACAUGCUUCAAAGAUCAGACCCGGAACGAGUCAUGCAUCCAUUUUUCAUGUCACCUGCCAUUUUGGAAAAUGAAGAUGGAACAUAUACCCUUGUAGCUCGUUGCAGAAAUGUUCAGAGAGAGACAUUAAAAAAUAAGCCACCCACCAAUGUUAUGGUCACUAUGAUGUACUCAGCCAUAUUAAAACCCAUAAACACGGGUUCAAUUCUAGGUAUGAUCACAUCAGAAAGUGAGAGGAAUGGACCCAGGGACCCACGAAUAUUUAGAAUAAGAGAGCAACCAUUUAUUUUAUUUGACAUGCAGAAUUGGAGAGAGGAUUCAUUUCACAUGUAUAUGCUGUCAUUUCAUACAGGGGAACUUCACCGGCUUCAGAUAUACGAAGAAAAUGGAACUCUGAUUCAAAUGAGAAAAGCAGAGCGUAACUGGAGUCCACUUGUCGACAACAAGAACAACAGACUGUAUUUAAUAUAUGGAUUUGAUCCAUUUGUAAUCCUGCAGUGUAAUCAGCAUGAUGGCAAAUGCAAAAUUGUUCAAAAACAAAAUGAGAAUUUUGAGCCACAAAAAUAUCCAUCAAGCCUGAGAGGUGGGACCCCAUUUAUAAUAUACAAAUGGCCAUAUUAUGUAAGCACCGCACAUUCUACUGUAUUUUGUGGAGGGAUGGGAAGACGCAUGUAUGGAAUUCACAUCGUAGUUAUCAGUAUCAUUCCAAAGUUUAGAAUUGUAUACAUAAGUGCAAAUAUAGAAUUCCAUCCAGAUAUACUGAAAAAACAACCAUUAUUCCCUGCAGCAAUAUCUUCGUUUAUUUUCCCGACAACUUUGUUGUUACGAGAUGAAGACAUGGCAGACAUUGGGGGACAUCUCAAUGACAUUGAAGCUUUACUGCUUCGAGUGAAGGGAUUUAGAACAGUCAUAGAUGAGGUUAUACAAAUUGAUGAGACAGUCCCUGAGAUGGAGAGAACAACAUAUGAGCAGGGGUUCAUUCAGAAAACAAUUUUGGAUAUUCGGACAAGUGACUGCCGGAUUGCUUAUCAUAACCUGAAGAAAGGCAAUGUUAAUAUUUGUAAAGAUUGCUUCUUCUAAUAAAUCUUCUAAUUAAAAAAAUAAAUCAUUAUCGAUAAGAAAAGUAUAAUAUUUGUUGACACAGUACUAGACACUUGCAAACUUUAAAUAGAGAGAUGAUAUUAAUAUUCACCCUGUCUCUUGUUCGUAUAAGGGAUUCUCUUUGUGUACCAAGCUCAUCAAUUAUUUCAGUUCCUAUUUGAUCUGUUUCUGCCGCAAUACGGUGGGAUCUACCUAUACUCUGACUUGUCCUAUUCAAUGAUUCUGUUCCCUGCAGUAAACGGGCUCUUUGAGCAGCAGUCAUAUCCUAAAAGUAAAAUAUGAGUCAAUAAGGGUAAACUCUUUCAGCAACAGUGAUAUCCUACA